AGCAGUCUCCCAACUCAUCUCUGUGUAAACGUACUUUUAAAUCUCAUCACAUCAUUUCUCCAGCUCCAUUAUGCCACAGAUGUAAACGUCGUCGUCGAGGUGAAGGGAAUUAAAAGAGGUGUGAUGAUUAUUUUUUUCUUUUAACAAAGCUAACAUGAGCGAAUUGUCCGGAUGUUCUUAGGCCAAUAAAAGAAAUGGAUUCAACGAAGUGUAUAAUAUCGAUUUUUCGAAAGUAGGUUUUUAAAGUGACAAGUACAACAGAAUAUUUAUUAAUUAUCUCUUUGACAUCUCGGAGCAAAGCGUAAUGCCCUGUGUUGUGCUGAAGGGGAUUAUCAAAACGUUUACGUCGCUGAGCUAAAAAUAACUGAAAUUGCGUCAAAAUGAUGAAGUCGAAAUUUGGUAAAAAUCUGAAACUUUUCGUAGUAAGGAGUAGAGAGAUAAGUAAACAAUCCAAGAAUCAAUUGGAUAAUGAGACUAGUGUCUUGCAACUGCUUCUACUGCAUGUCAUUAUUAUGGCAGGGAUUCGUCGAUUCGUCGAACGUCAGCAGUUGGACCCUAGGAUUUCCUUGACAUCUUGGUUAAAUAUGCGAAGCCAAAAUACAGUGGCGACAACUUCGGAGUUGCCGGAAAGCGUUGUAAUAAAUAUCGACAACCAGUUUGCCAUUUUGGAAAAUGAUAUUCUACGGCAAAAUCAGUCCCAUUAUCACCAUCAUCAUCGUGCAACUCCAAUAGACAAUUCUGUGCAUAUACAUAACUCCGCUACCGAGGUUCAUAAUAAUACUAAUAGCAAUGCAGGGGAAGAUUCUAAUAAUGGGCUGCAAUUACAACCUCAUGCAAGAGAACUACUUAAUUAUGUGCUUAAAUUCGGUCCUUUCAUUAUGGUGUUACUUGUGAAAGCUAUUUAUGAUAAUCGCUCUGAGAUAUUUUAUGUUUUGCUGCUGUUGCUAAUUUCCAUUCUUGCCAACAACGAAUUGAAACGAGAGAUUGCAAAGCAACAAAACAAAAGUUAUAUGGCACUUCUUGGCAUUCUCUGUUACAUUGGGAUCAGUAUAAUCUUUACGGACUCAAUGUUUAGUGGAAGAUUACUCUUUCCAUAUGAUCAUCCUACAACAUUAUGGGAAUUAUUGUGGUCUGUGUGCAUUACAGAUUUUGUUUUGAAAUUAAUCACCAUUGUUUUUAAAGUUCUUUUAACAUGUUUGCCUGCUACACUACUGGCACUUCCAAAAAGGGGAAAAUAUUAUCUUGCGGUAGAAGCAGCCUCGCAAACCUGUAGAUGUAUAGCACCAAUUCCAUCAUGGGUGAAUUAUUUAUCCGAACCUUACAAAGGCUUUGAGGUAGCUUCCGGAGUGUCAUGGUCUAUAAUGUACAUAAUUAGCAAGGGUGGUGACUUACUUCCUCGACUUAAGUUACUUCGUACCGCUGUGUGGAAACUGUUUCAAAACGUGAAUUUAGGAGUGUCCCCAUCUGUAGAACAAUUAGAGGCAGCAGGUGGAAUAUGUACAAUAUGUCACGAAGAGUUUUCUAUACCUGUUAGACUUUGCUGCAAGCACAUAUUCUGUGAAGCUUGUGUAUCAAUUUGGUUGGACAGGGAGCGAUCGUGUCCUUUGUGCCGUACAUAUGUAACAGAUGACCCAAGCUACCGAGAUGGGCACACAUUUUUUGCUCAGUGGUACUAAAGCCUCCAGUAAAAACAGUGAAAUUCCAUCUUUCUUCUGCAAAUAUUUAAUGUAACACAAGAUUCCAAUAUUGUUAAAAUCAAUUUAAUUCCUCCCUACGGUGUUAAUCCGUUCAGCCAUUUAAAAUCUUUAAGUAUACUUAAGAAUCGGAAGCCUUAUGUAGUGCAGGAAAGUGUACAUAGAUACCAACAUAACAUUAAGUUUUUAAUCUGACCGAUAUGUUUUUAUCAAGUUGAUCGAAACGUAUCCAUUAAAUAUAUAUAAUCGUCAUUGUAUACUAAGCAAAGGCGUGGAUGCACAAGGCUAAGAAAAGGCAUCAUUUUCCAACUAUCUUACCUAAACUAUGCAAAUUAUCAUAAAAGCUCCAAUUUGAAGCGAAUGAGUGUUAAGUAGGUGUAAAACUCGGUAAGAAUGUCAAUUCCAUUACGAAGAUAUGUGAAGCAUUACAGGAGAAAAAGAUUUUGUAAAAUAUAUUGAAAACAAUAAACUACCAUUGUAUAUUUAUAAAGAA